GCGCGGCAGCGGAGGAUCGGAGCGGGUCACCUGCUGGACGUGAAGGCUUCGGGAGUCUUCGUUCUUGGCAUAGGCCAUGGGAACAAGCUGCUUACCGACCUGUACCACUGCCACCUGACCAAGGUUUACACUGUUGGUGGGCUGUUUGGUAAAGCCACUGAUGACUUCUCAGACACAGGGAAGCUAAUAGAAAAGACAACAUUUGAUCAUAUCACAAGGGAGAAGCUGGAAAGGAUUCUUGCUGUCAUUCAAGGAACAAAUCACAAGGCCCUGCUGAUGAAUCUCUCUCUCCUUCUAGAAAUCCAUUGCUUGCACGAGACUCAGCAGUACCUCCGAAAAAUAGUCCAUGAGAUUGGCCUGGAGCUGAAAUCCUCUGCCGUGUGCACACAGGUGCGGAGAAUCCGCGACGGUGUCUUCACCUUGGAGGAUGCUCUGCUGAGAACCCAGUGGGACCUGCAGAGUAUCCAGAAUGCAAUUCAGAACUGCCAGCUCAAAGUCAAAACAGAGUUGGAGAAAACACUGGGCCAGCAGGAUAGAAGUCUUCUUCAGGAGCUGGAGGCUGAGAUGGCAGGCAGCUGA